AUGGAUCGAUUCGCUGCAAUGAACCCUAACAGUUUAAAACUGAUGUUCACCAAAAAGAACGGGGAGAAAACUCAGCUGGUGAUGGACGUGCCGAGCAAUAAGUAUACCUCAGCGCAAGAAAGCUGGUCACCUCAACCACUCAGUGCUGUCGUCAGCUCCCCCGCCAUCUCUCAUUGCCACUACAAGAGCAAAGCUCACGAGCGGAGACAGGUUGAGCAGAAGCAAGCUAAAAGGAGGCUGAUCAUAGCCUUGGUCAUCUGCACCCUCUUCAUGGUCGGAGAGGUGGUUGGUGGAUAUCUGGCAGGGAGCUUGGCUGUCAUGAGUGAUGCAGCACAUCUUCUAGCAGACAUCACGAGUUUUCUGAUUAACCUGUGCUCAUUAUGGUUAUCCUCAAGACCGGCCACCAAGAGAUUAAAUUUUGGAUGGUACAGAGCAGAAAUACUUGGAGCAUUGUUUUCGGUGAUCAUAAUUUGGAUUGUAACAGGAGUCCUGGUCUACCUCGCCGCUCAACGAUUGAUCCAUUCUGAUUUUGAAAUUGAUGGAUUGGUUAUGGUUACAACAUCUUCCAUUGCCGUGGUAGUAAACAUAAUAAUGGGUUUGACACUGUAUCAGAGUGGCCAUGGUCACAGCCAUGGUGCGCCCUACCCUCAACACUCAAAGGAAGUUAACCACAGCCAUCAGCCAAAUGCCAGCAUACGCACGGCCUUCAUCCAUGUUGUGGGAGACUUCUUGCAAAGCGUUAGUGUGUUAAUCAGUGCUCUUAUAAUUUUCUUCAAGCCGGAAUACAAAAUAGUGGACCCUAUAUGCACCUUUAUUUUCUCAGUGUUAGUGUUAGGAACAACUAUCAAAGUCCUGCGGGAUAUCUUGUUGGUGCUGAUGGAAGGUGCACCGAUUGGAUUGAAUUAUAAUGCGGUGAAAGAAGAAAUCCUGGCGGUGAAUGGAGUGAGAACAUUACACAGUCUUCACCUCUGGGCUCUGAGCAUGAACCAGAUUGUUCUCUCAGUUCAUGUUGCUACAGUAGAUACAGUGGAUCCUCAACAGGUUCUCAAGGAAAUUACCCGGAUGGUACACGACACUUUUAACGUGCACGCUGCCACAAUUCAACUGGAGCAGUAUUUGGAUCAAGAACCAGAUUGUGCUUUCUGCCAGGAACCCAAAGAUUAA